AUGAAUUAUGAUGAAGAUAUAAAAAGAAGGAAAAAAAAAAAAACAGAAAAAUUAAAAAAUACUAAGGAAUCGUUAAGUUUAUAUGAGUCAAACAAUAAGAAUAUUUUAUCUAUCAAAAAUAAGAAAUUGUUAAAAGAUAAAAAAAAUAAAAUGAAAAUUCAAAAAAUGAAAAAUAAAUAUGAUAAAGAUGAUGGUACUAUAAAACACAAGAAGGGUAACAAAAUUAUCUCUUCUGAUGAUAAAUUUGAUGAGGACAUAACAAAUUUAUAUAUGAAAAAAUCAAAAAAGUGUAUGAAAGACACAAUGGUCAAAAAGAAAAAAAAAAAAAUGAAAAAUCAAAAUUAUGAAAAGGAUAAAAAUUAUAUAGGUGUAGUUAUGGAUGAAGAUGAAAUAAUAAUAGAUAAUGAAGAAAGGAUUAUAGAAAACGUUAAUAAUGUGGAGAAUGAUCAUGUGCCUUAUACAAAUGAUUCUGAUAAAAGUGAUGAGGAAUAUUCAUCUGUAAACUUUAUGAAGUUUUUAAAAAAUUGUAACGAUAAUGAGAGGGAAGUAAAUAAAAAGAAAAAGAAGAAAAAAAAAUCGACCGAUGGCAAUCACAAAAAUGAUGACCAUAAUGAUGAUAAUGAUGAUGAUAAUGAUGAUGAUGAUAAUGAUGAUGAUAAUAAUGAUGAUGAUAAUAAUGAUGAUAAUGAUGAUGAUAAUAAUGAUGAUGAUAAUAAUGAUGAUGAUAAUAAUGAUGAUAAUGAUGAUGAUAAUAUUAAGAAGAAGCUUGUCCAUUCUGGUGACCAAGAUGAUCAUCAUGUUGAUGAUGAUAGUAGUAGUGUGCAAGACUCAUAUCAAUACUAUGCCUUAAAAGACGAUAUGUACAAACUAAGCAACGAAAACAAAGAAAAAAUAGAAUUCGCUGACCUAAUGUAUUCAAAUAAUAAUUUCUUUGGACAAGGUCUACAAAAAGAUUUAGAUUUUUUAGAGAACGAACAAAAUAAGAAGAAAGGAAAGAAACGCUUAUCCUUUAUAGAGGAACAAAAGUUUAAUACAACAUUAGGAUAUGUGCAGAAUGUAAAAUUGUUAAAUAAAAUGAACAAGGCUUAUAAUGUUAUACAAAACUCUAGCAAGGUCGAAUUUGGACGACAAAAAGAAAAAAGAGGAAAUCAAGGUGAGGAUUUUGUUAACAAAAGAUUAGUUAAAAGAUUUUUAAAAAGGAAAGAAAAAAUACAGCCUGAAAUGUAUGAUGGACAUGAAGAAAGUGGGUAUAUAGAUGAUAAUGAUGAUAAUAUUAUUAAUAAUAAUAUAUUGAAAAGGCACAAAGUUGAUCAGACUCAUUUAAAUGGAUAUGGUGAACAAAACGAGGUUUAUAAUAAAAAGGAGAAGAAAAUAAUAAAGAGAGAGCAUAAAAAGGAAGAGGACUUUACUAUAUACAAUUUUGAGGAGGAAAUAAAAAUGAAUUUGCUUAAAUCUAAAAUGUUACAUAUAUCAGAGGAUUUAUUAAAAAAUGAAAAAGAAAAGAAACGAGAUGAGCUAAAGAAAAUUGCUCAAUUAAAACUUUUAUUAUCUAUAGAAAAUAGAAAGAAUUAUUAUAAAAAAAAAAUAAAAUCUAAAUCAUAUAGAAAAUAUUUAAGGAUUAAAGAAAAAAAAGAAGAAGAAAAAAUUAUGAAGAAGUUAUAUUCGGAGCAUCCUGAUUUGGUUAAAGAUUUAAUGAACUAUGAAAAGGAAUAUGCUGAAAAAAGAAAUUUAUUAAAUAAUAUAAAAAAAAGAAAAACAAUAAAAACACUUAAUCGUUAUAAAAAUGAACAACUGAAAAAAGAAAUCUUGAAAAGUAUACAAAGUAAUAAAGAAGAAAAAAAUAUGUUAAAAAAAAUUAUAGAAAAAACGGCUUUAACCGAACAAACUAAUGAAGAUAAUAAUAUGAUGAUACAUGAUGAUAAUGAUGAUGAUGAUGAUGAUAACAUGUCAGAAGAUACUGAUGAGAUAUCUUCAAAGGAUCAUGAUAAUAUGAAUUAUUCGGAUAAAUGUUCAAAUGAUAAUAUAAAAAAUGAUGACGACUUGUAUGAUAAAAAGAGAAAAAAAAAAAUAUAUGAUGAAUUUGAAAAAAGAAAUUUGUUAAGAUUUUCGUUUGUUAAGAAUGCAGAAGAAAAUAAAAGAAAUGAUGAAAUAUAUAAUAGGAGAAAGGACAUAUUAAAAAAAUUGGAAAACAGAAAUAAAAAAAAUAUGGAUAAUACCUAUGAAGAUAAUAAUAAUAAUAACAAAUAUAAUGUUGAUGAAGAUAAUAAUAAUAAAUAUAAUGUUGAUGAAGAUAAUAAUAACAAAUAUAAUGUUGAUGAAGAUAAUAAUAACAAAUAUAAUGUUGAUGAAGAUAAUAAUAAUAAAUAUAAUGUUGAUGAAGAUAAUAAUAACAAAUAUAAUGUUGAUGAAGAUAAUAAUAACAAAUAUAAUGUUGAUGAAGAUAAUAAUAACAAAUAUAAUGUUGAUGAAGAUAAUAAUAACAAAUAUAAUGUUGAUGAAGAUAAUAAUAACAAAUAUAAUGUUGAUGAAGAUAAUAAUAACAAAUAUAAUGUUGAUGAAGAUAAUAAUUCGUUGGAUUCCUUUUCGUCAGAUGAAAUAAUAAAGAAUGACGAAGAGAGCCAUAUUUUAUUUUCUAAUAAUAAACUUUCUGAUUAUAGUCAUAAAGAAUUAUCGAAAGCUAAAAAGGAAUUAAAAAAUGAUAUUGAUUUUGUAAAUAGUUUGAAGAAAACAGACAUAUUGCAUAUUGACGAUGUGGAAGAUAUAACAGACGUGAUAAGUGGAUAUGACGAAGAGGAUAAUGAAAAAAAUGGUAAUGUUAAUAAUGAUAAUGUUAAUAAUGAUAAUGUUAAUAAUGAUAAUGUUAAUAACGAUAAUGUUAAUAAUGAUAAUAUUAAUAAUGAUAAUAUUAAUAAUGAUAAUGUUAAUAAUGAUAAUGUUAAUAAUGAUAAAGAAAUGAAAUUGUUAGAUGAUAUUACAAGUGCUGAUACUAAUGUAAGUCCUAAUGAACAUUUAAAAGGUGAUGUUAAGGAUAAAGAAGAUAUAGAAGUAGGUAGUAAGACAAAAAAGAAGAAAUCUCAAAGUAACAAUACUACUAGUAGUAGUAGUAGUAAUAAUUGGAAUAAUAAUUUAGAUGGAGAGGGGGAUAAAGAAAAGAAAAAUAAAACAAAAGUUAUUGAAAAUAAUUUGAAAACUAUAAAUGAAGUGAACAAUGAACACAUCCUUGAAUCCUAUUGUAAAAAUAUAAAUGUUUAUAACUUUGAAAAUAAUACUUAUGAAGAUUAUAUAAAUCCUAAGAAUGAUGAUAUAAAAGAAGAUGAAGAAUUAUAUGAAUUAAGUGAAGAUGAAAAAAUAAAAGAUAUUGAAGUUAAUAAAAAAGAAUGGUGUAAUUACAAUACGUUAUUAGAAUUAGAAAAAAAUAAAAUGAUAAAAGAAAAAGAAAUAAUCGAAACAAAAAAAAAUAAACCAUUACAUACUAUAACACUACAUAAUAAGAAAGAUAAAAAGUUUGAUAAAUAUUAUGUAGACAAAAUACCAUAUCCAUAUGAUAAAAAUGGAUAUGAAAAAACUUUAAAUAUAAAUAUAAAUAAAGAAAUAAAUGAUUUGUCAGCAUAUAAACAAUUAAUAGCACCACAAUAUUCAAACAAAGUAGGAAAUGUAAUAUCUCCUUUGAUUAAAAACCCAUUUGAUUUAGCAAAUAUAUUUACUUUAAAAAGGAAAAACCAAAAAUCAAAAUUGUAA